UCCUGCGCACUGCGGCUCGGGCCAACCGAGCGCUCUGGAGAACAUGGCUGCUUCCCGCUUACCCUCAGCGACGCUAACGCUGAAGCAGUUCAUGAGAAGGCAACAAGUUCUCCUUCUCUACAGAAGGAUUUUGCAAGCAAUUCGGCAAGUUCCGAAUGAUUCUGAUCGCAAAUACCUGCAAGACUGGGCAAGGGAAGAAUUCAAAAGAAACAAAAGUGCCACCGAAGAGGAUACAAUCCGGAUGAUGAUUACUCAAGGCAACAUACAGCUGAAGGAGUUAGAAAAAACACUUGCCUUUGCAAAAUCGUAACUACAUCAUUAUUCUGAAAGAUUUUUAGUCUCCAUGUGUUUUGUUGUGCUCAGGCUCACUGAUGGGCAGCCUAAAGCCAAGCCAGUCUGUCUGUACAUUACUUGGGCAAAAUAACAGAACAUGGAGCAUGGCAUGUCGGACAGCAAAGAGUAUCAAAAUAAUUGCCAUAGCACUGAAAAAUUUACCUUAAUAGCAUUUUGAAUCUAUUUCUGGAUGUGCCAGCAGUUUAAGAAGCAAAAACCAGUAUAAGAAAUGGUCAGUUAUCACAUGAAAAGAUGCUCAACACUGUUAACCAUCAGGGAAAUAUAAAACAAUGAUACUCCUUCACAUCCACGUAAUUAAGAAGGGAGAUAAUAACAAAUGUUGCUGGAGAUGUAGAGAAAUUGUAACCCUCACCUAUUUGCUGGUGGAAAUAUAAAAUGGUGCAGCCCCUUGGGAAAACAAGACUGCCGGUUGCUCAGAAGGUUAAACAUAGAUACCAUAUGAUUUAGCAGUUCUGCUCCUAGGUUUAUAAACGAGAACUGACAAGUAUAUAGUAUUAUUCCUAAUAGCGAAAAAGUAGGAACAACCCAAAUGCCCAACGCCUGAUGAAUGGUUAAAUAAAAUGUGAUAUAUCCACACAGUAUUAUUUAGCAAAAAAGAGCGAAAUGCUGAUUCAUGAUAGACAUGCAUGGACCUGGAGACCAGUCACAAAAGUUCACACGUUGUAUGACUGUGUUUAUGUGAAACAUCUAUAGAAUAAACAGAUGAGUGGUUGCCUCGGGCUGUGGAUGGCAUGGAGAGUAUUUAAUUGCCAAUGGGCAAGGGGUUUCUUUUCUGAGUGAUGAAAAUAUUCUAAAGUUAGAUUGUGGUGUUAGUUGCACAACUCGGUGAAUAUACUGAAAUCCGUUGAGUCACGAUUUUAUCUCAACAAAGCUGGUUUUUUCCUCUGAGACAACUGACAUAAAACAUUGUCUAAUCAAUAAAGCUGUUUUAAAAAGCGGUAUGAGAUGAUUAGAGGUAUACUGACCUACAGCUUUUCUUGAAAAAUCCUUCUGCAUUACCCCUCAGGGCUGUGGAGGUAUGUUCUCCAGAUGUACCGUGAUCUGAUUCUCAGAGGACUCUGAAAACAUCACUGCCGGGGCUCUCAAACUUUGUUGGAAAGAGGAGAGCGGCUGAAGGAAUGUGCUGAAUACAGAGGCAACUUCUGGAUGAAACUAAUGUCGUUACCUUAAUAUCUACAUAAAAGAAAAAUAAAUUUUUAGGGAAGAUGUUCAGUGCAUCAGGUUCUCCAGUUCUAGGAAAAAAAAGUUUGAAGAAUGCACUGGAAACAAGUUGACCUCAGGACCUUUUUGAAAGAUACCAACUGUGUAACCCAGUUAAUUUAGUGAAAGUGAAAGCUUGUGAGGGGCUGAUGGGCAGUCCUGCAGGGAAGUUCUCUUCACCUACAGAUCUGAAAAGUUAACCCAAGAAUCUGAGCCGUGCCUGAAAGAUGUAAAACAAAAUUUGCAGAAUGUAAGUGGUAUCUGGUACUGGGCUGUGUGCCAGAGAGGCAUAAGCUGAUGGUAUUUACGUCAGUAACCUGCAUUGCCCAGGGUCCACUCCCAUUUUCCACAGCCUCAGAGACCACAAGACAAAAUGACUGAACAUCUUCCACAGGGAAAUCUAAUUCAAAAUGCUUGUAUAAGCCAAUUUUCAGUUUUAUGUAAGUGUACUUUGGUCAACUGGUUGCAAAGGCAUCUAAUGAACAAAACGUUUGUGAAGUUUCUGAGUCUGAGCAGAGAACAUUCAUCUUUGUGUAACAUGAUUGACAUACACACUCUGUCCGUAAUAAAUAUAAUUUUGCUGCUGAAAAUCACCCUUUUAGGUGUGGAAGUCAAGGACUCGUUCUUAGCACUAGUGCACAAGAGCAUUUGUGGUUUGAAUCUGCAAGAUGCAGAUACCACGAACUCCCAAGACAACCUAACUUGGGGUUUGUUUUCUUUUAAAGUGGACAAAACAGUGAAAAUUGAAUUUUAUCUUCCAGAGGCUAAGAUUUUUAUAAUGGACAAGCAUUUACCUUCAUCUCUAAAGAAGUUUAAUUUGUUCACUUAUCAUGCCUUGAUUAUCCCAUCUUAAUCAGACCAAAUCUGUCGUUCAGGCUAGAAAGAUUUAGUCAGCAAUUUCUUCUCAUCGAUGGAACAGUCAUUAACUAAGACACUGGCCAGAACAGAACUGCUGGUGAAACACAUUUUAUUUGCCAGUAUUCUGGAUCAGACAACAAUUACCUUUCUGGAUGUUCCCUGUAAACUAUAUACUCUUGAGUGUUAGAGUUUUGUUCAUAAGAUAUGUAAAUGCUCAUGUAUUUGAACUAUAAUAAAUCUUUAUGCUAAAACAA